AAUACUUCCGGGUGUGCAAUAUGGAAAAAUAUCUGCACAGUCGGUGAUGAGUCGCUUCCUGUGCAAUUUGAAUGUAAAACGCUGAUGUCAGCACUUAUUAAAAAGCAAUAAAGAGUCAUACUCCACUAUAGAGAUCAUAACCAUGGUGACAAGAUGACGAGAGUGAACUCUGCAUGACCUUGUUCCGGUGUCCAUGCAAGGUUUGUAAACUAAGAGAUAAUCAAACUGCUAUAAACUAUACUGAUUAUAAGCAACUUAGAAAUUCAACCUGACAGGAUUACAAAAUAAUGAUACAACUCAUCACAGUAUCUCUUCUGUUUUUAGGAACACAAGCUUGCUUUCAUGGAGAUAUUCAAUUGGUAAACGACAACAACGUUAACAACAUUGUCGAGUUCUGUUAUAAGGGGGAUUGGAGAAGGAUCUGUGUGUCUGAUACAUGGGGUAACGUUGAGGCCAACAUUGUCUGCUCUCAACUUGGAUACAGCGAUCAAGGUGCUACGACCAGCAAUGUUAGUAUUAGUCAGAAUUCACCCUAUACGUUUUUGAGGUUUGUCGACUGUGAUGAAUCUGACGCUAAUAUUGAUGAGUGCUACUAUGAAGCUCGUAAUGGCUGUAAUAUGGUUGAUAAACAUGCAACAGUUCAAUGUUCAAGUGCUAAUUGCGCUGACAGGGAUAUUCGACUGGUGGGUGGAGCUACUGACAACGAGGGAAGAGUUGAAAUGUGUACAGAUCGCCGUUGGAUGGCAAUUUGUAGCAACGCAUCGACUGAGCAAGACGCUGGACAAAUGUGCCAAGAGUUUCGAUUUGCUAGCAUUGGAGCUGAAGUGCUUGUAUUCAACCCACGAAGAGUACCAACCAUCAACUGCACUAUAGGCGAUUCUGGCGACCUCUCUUGCAAUGAAUCAUGUGAUGAUGGUACAACAGACCUAGGGAUUCGUUGUGUCAGGCAGGAAGUUCUGAAUCAAAUAAGCACUCCUUGUGACAACGUAACUUCAGUUUAUAAUUCCACAAUUCAAACAAACCAGACUUGUGAAUUCUCGUGUGAUUACUGUAAUACAACAGCUAGUCCCUCUGUUAGCCAUGUACAGGGUAAUGCUAUGUCCACAGAUACAGUAACCUCUAUAUAUACAUGUAUAGAGUCGUCAUGUGGUACUGAGUCAAGCACUACAGCACUGGGGGUAAUAGUUGCUUUGUUGGUGGCUCUGCUGGUGGUCUUGUUGAUUGUUUGUGGAGUAAUGUGGAAUCGCAUAUCACAGAAACAUAAACAAAUCUGCAUGUAUGUCGUCAGAAACAAGCACACUCUCAACAAUUCAACGACAACUGAACAACCCAGUAUAUGAUACAAGCAUGGAACUACACAAUGCAUAUAGCUCCAGUGGACCCACCUACCAACAAGUUGCCAAUGGCAAUCAACAAGACCACACCUAUUCGAUACUGGAAUGCGAUCAGAAUACAAAUCGUCACUCAAAUCAGCUCACUGCUAUAGACGAGGAACAGAACUACUAUGUGGUGGAGAGUGGAAGGUGUGAGGGUGUGGAGGGGGCGGGCUGUGACAGUGUGUACAGUGAAGCUAGUAACUACGAAGUGCCAAUGUCAAGCAAAACGGACAGCAAGGUGUGGCUGUGUGAAGCUGCUAAAAUGUGGUUCCAAACUUCGGUGUUAUAUAGAGACCUUGCAAUUCAUGUGUGUCUGUUUAUGUAUAUUCAAUAUAGGGACUCAGAAACUCUAUAAUAUAAUUAUAUUUAUUGAAUACUUUUGGUAGGCUACUAUGUGAGUUUUUGUUGGAGUGAUGUAAUCGUGUCUAAAUCUGAUUGGUUCUG